AUGUCGGUGAUCGGCGCGAGCGUGCUCGCCGCUGCACUCGCCUUAUCGCCGACGCCACACGUCGCAAGCGGUGCCCGCUGCCAUCCAUCAUUCGCGCCACGAACGCUGGUGACCAAAACCGCCGCAACGCCGCUGCUGGCUGGCCAGCCGCUCGCGGUCCGUUGGCAGCGAGCGGGCGGUCCGCCGCUCCUGUCCGCCGCCAACGGCGCAGCAGGUCGUGGGCUGGUUCGGUCGGCUGUCGUCGGCGGCGCCUUUGCGGCUCUAGCCGUGGCGGGUCGCGGCGGCCGGCUCGGCCUGCUCUUGCUCCAGACGCUCGCCGUCUGCUGGCCAGCUUGGUCGGCGGUCCGGUUGUGGCGGAACGGUAAGCGCCGUGCUGCGCUGACGCUCGCCUUGUCCGCGGCGGCGCGCCGGUUCUGCUCGCGCUGGUGGCAGUACCUGACGAUUCCGCUCUUUGCGGGCGCCGUCGGCUGGCUCACCAACAAGGUUGCCGUGGACAUGAUCUUUUACCCCGUCGAGUUUGGAGGGCUGCGGCUCCGCACGUACCCGAACCAGCCUCUGGGCUGGAUCGGAUGGCAGGGGAUCGUGCCAGCAAAGGCGGGCGAGAUGGCGGCGCGCAUCACUGACUUGGUCACCAACAAGCUGGUCGACGUCGAGGUGGUCUUCCGGCGCCUCUCCCCGGGGAAGCUCGCCUCGCUGCUCGGGCCCGGCGUCGACCGGAUCGCCGAAGACAUCGUGGCCGACAUAGCGCCCGCGGGCGCCGCGCAAGGCGUCGUCGGCGCGGGGAAGGCCGCGAGCGUGCGGCAGCUGGUCGACUUCGACGAGAUCGUGGUUGGCGGGAUGGUGCGCGAGAAGCAGCUGCUCAUCGACCUCUUCCAGCGCUGCGGCAAGGCGCGGCCGCCGCACGCGGAGCUCGCGUUCCUCGUCAACUCUGGCUUCUCGUUUGGCUGCGCACUCGGCGUCGUGCAGAUGCUGAUCUGGCUCCUGUACGAGCGCGCGUGGACCCUCGCCGUCGGCGGCGCGGUGGUCGGCUAUCUGACCAACUGGCUCGCGCUCAAGCUCAUCUUCGAGCCCGUCGAGCCCACGCGGUUCGGGCCGUGGGUCGUGCAAGGUCUCUUCCUGAAGCGGCAGCACGAGGUGUCCGAGGAGUUUGCGGAGGCGCGCCCUGCGGCGAUGACGGAGAAGCUCCUCUCCUCCGAGUCGAUCUGGGACAGCGUGCUGCACGGCUCGGGGGGUCCAAAGUUCGCCGCGCUCCUCCGGGCUCGCACCUCCGAGUUCAUGUCCGGCGCCGCGGCUGUCGUCUACAGCGGCUCAGACCCGACGGCGUUCGGAGGCGCAGCGCACUGGCGUGGCCUCGAGGAGCGCGCUUCGGAGCGCAUCCUGCAGCUGCUGCCGCGCGAGCUGCCGCUCGCCCACGGCUACAUCGACGGAGCCCUCGACCUCAAGGCGCCGCACCGAGAGCACGCCGAGAGCACGCCGAGAGCACGCCGAGAGCACAUCGAGCCCUCUGCCUCAAGGCGGUACCGCCCGCGGCCACACGCGCACCUCCGCCGCCGACUCCCUCCGCCGCCGACUCCCUCGCACCGCGCCCCUCCCGCAUGGCACCCCGACACGCUCAAGACCAACCUGCGCCGCCUCUCGCCGCGCGAGUUCGAGGGCCUCUUGCACCCGAUCUUCCAGCAGGACGAGCUCACCUUGCUCCUCGUCGGCACCGCCCUCGGCUUGGGCGUCGGCUACGUGCAGGCCGUGCUGGACGCGCGGUCGAAGCGGGACGACCCCAACUACGAUGAGCGUGGCCGCCGGGUAGAGAUCGACGUCGAUGCGGAUAGCGCCGUUAGUGAAGGCGCCGACGGGGACGGCGAGGCGCCAGGUCCCGCGUCCUGAGAGCUAGAAGUUGAGCUAGCAGAGACACUGGUGUGUGGUGAGUGGUGUGUGAGUCUCUUCCCCUGGCGCACGCGAGACGAGAGCGAGAGUAGAACGCGGUCACCGCGUGUAUAGAGAGUAUCCGCGCGUACGUCACAGGGUCUUGGCACUUGCGGAAAGGGCGAAAUA